UUACCCGGCCCCCUUCACCCCCCCCUCCCGUGCCUGGGGGAGGGGGAGGGGAGGGAGGGAGGGGCAGCAGCUGCGAGGAGGCCGGCCCAGCCCGGGCGGUCCUGCCCUUGGCUUUGGAGGCUGGAUGUGUUGCAGCCUGGGCGGCGGGAGGAGCAGGUGCCCUCCGGGGGGGCGGGGCCAGAUGGAAACGGGAGCAGCAGCUGGCUGCAGGGGCUGCCCCUUCCCCCAUUCCUUGGGGAACAACCAGUCCCUCCUGGGGGGGAGCUCCCAGGGGCCCGUCUACACCUGCCUGGCCUCCCCCUCCUGACCCAACACUCAGCACCUCCCUCUGUUGCUUUGAAGGACUUGAAAGAGAAGAAGGAAGUGGUGGAGGAGACGGAGAAUGGCCGCGAUGCCCCCGCUAACGGGAACGCGAAUGAGGAGAAUGGUGAGCAGGAGGCUGACAACGAGGUAGACGAAGAGGAAGAAGAAGGUGGCGAAGAGGAAGAUGAAGAAGAAGAAGGAGAUGGUGAGGAAGAAGAUGGAGACGAGGACGAUGAUGCCGAGACAGCUACGGGCAAGCGGGCAGCCGAGGAUGAUGAGGAGGAGGAAGUGGACCCCAAGAAGCAGAAGACUGAUGAGGAUGACUAGACGGCAAAAAAAACGAAAAAGAAAAAAAAAAGGGAAAAAUGUAAAUUUUUAAAAAAGCAAGAAAAGAAAAGGCCGCAGUGACCUGUCCACCCUCCACUUCCCGUCUCAGAAUCUACACGUGGUCACCUUCGAGCAGAGGCCCGGCCCAUGGGCGCCGCCACCACCCACGCAGAUGACACGCUCCUGACCGACCGCCCGCCACCACCCGCCCAGACUUCCACCAGGGGAGGGAGACCAGACCAAAUCCUCCAAGGCCCUGCUUUUUUUCUUAAAAGUACUUUAAAAGGAAAAUUUGUUUGUAUUUUUUAUUUACAUUUUAUAUUUUUGUACAUAUCGUUAGGGGGUCAGCCAUUUCUCGUGCUCUCGGACGACCAAACAGCCUUUGCCGUGUUCUCUGUCCCGCUUCUGGCUUCGCUUGUCGUGUGACCAUGUUCCUUACGAUCUCAAAGGAGAGAAACAAAACCUUGUAAAAAAAGCAAAAACGACGACAAAAAUACAAUCUGAUUCCGAGCAUUCCAAUAACUUUUUGUGUCUGUACUUAGCUGUACAAUAAAUAGUUGGUUCGUAUGAGAUGGUUAAAAGGCCAAAGAUAAAAGGUAUUUCUUUUUUUUUUUCCUUUUUUUUUCCUUUGUCUCUUUGAAGUUGCUCUUUUGGGGUUUUUUUGGUUUUUUGUUUUGGUUUUUUUGUUUUGUUUAAACAUUUUUUUUUGGCCUGUUUGAUGUAUGUGUGAAACCUGUUGUCCAACAAUAAACCGGAAUUUUAUUUUGCUGAGUUGUUCUAA